AUGAAUUAGUCUGUAGGUGAAAAUUAACAAUCUUUGCCGUCAAUCAAUUAUGGGAAUGUGAAGUAUUCCUUCAAAUGUUUACGCCGACAUCUUUUUAAAGAUAAAGUGUAUCAUGUUCAUGCGCUUCAUAAUAUGAUUACUAUAGGAGAGGUACACCACUAUUUAGAAGUAGCAUUUCAACGAUCCCAACCCCAAAUACAAGUUGGAGUUGAAUCUCAAGAACACGGUUUAUUGGAAAUAGGAGAAUGGGUAGAACAAAGCCUUCGGUAUUAAAUAUAAGUAAGUAAUUAUUUUUAAACUAAUAUUUUCAAAGAAAGAAUGUGAAGUAUUUUGAAGCUUCUUCUGAAUAAUUAACAAAAUUUCGUUAGGCAAUCAGUUGUUUAAUUGGGUUCCAUUCACUUGAUGAACAUUAUAAAUUAGAAAAAGUAAUUGGAUAGGGUUCAUUUUCUAAAGUCCAUAAAGUUCAUAGGUUGCAUGAUGACAAGGCAUUUGCAAUGAAGCAAGUAUCCAGUAAGUAAAAGAAUGAUAAGGAGAAUAUGGUAUUUACCUAUUUAAUUGUAUUCAGUAAUUAUUGGAAAACGAAAUCGGAAUUUUACAUUCUUUGAAUAACGAAUCCAUUCUUAAAAUAUAUGAAGUUUUCAGAAUCGAAGAACAUUAGUAUGGAAUUAUUGUUGAAUUUGUUGAUGGAAUAUGCUUGGCUACUCUUAUCGAACAACUCAAAAAACAUCAAAAUAAACUCAAAGAAUACGACAUCAAAAUUAUCUUGUAGGCAAUCCUUAAAGCUUUGGUUAUCAUUCAUUAAGAACAAGUGAUUCAUAGAGAUAUUAAACCAUAGAAUAUUAUGAUCUCUCUAUCAUCAUUUAGGAAUGUCAAAAUCAUUGAUUUUGGAUUAAGCAUCAAAAAUUAAUUGUAAUAUAACAAAUGUGGAACUCCUGGUUACAUGGCUCCUGAAAUCGUUAACAUGAAAAAGGAUUAGCAAAAAGCAUGGACUUCUCUCUGUGAUAUCUUUAGUCUAGGUGUUGUCUUUUUCAAAUUGUACAAUAUUAUCAUGCAAUUAGAUUGUCCAAAGGCAUCAGUUGUUUUUAAGGAUAAACCUCUGAUCAAGUCUUAGCAAACAAUAAAAAAUGCUAAAUAGACUGGUCUAUUGUUCAAUAAUAUAAUUAUUCCAAAAAUUGCAUCGUAAGACAAACGAUAAUAAAUUUAAGUCUUUAUUGAAGGCAAUGUUAGCCAAGGAUCCUGAUGAGAGGAUUACUGCUUACCAAGCGCUUUAGCAUCCCUUCUUCGCUGAUUUGCCCCCAGUAUUAGCCACUGAUUUCGCCGGAAAUUCUAUGACAUUUAAAUCAAAAUGCAUUAUCAAUCAAACUAUUGACAAAUAAAAUCUCGACUCCAUAAAUACUUUAAACGAUCUCUCUGGACUUUAAAAAUAGCAAAUUUAUGUCAGGGAUUUAAGACCAUCAAGAAUUAGCAGAAGAGCGUGAUAUUAUAUUUUUGUGUUUCAUUUUUUACAUUUUUUUAUAUAUUACAAUAAUUGAAUAUUAUAUAAUCUCAUAAAGUAAAUUUGAAGUAUCUUUAGGAUCUGUCUAUACUUGAACUAAAAUUAUAAAACACCGCUAAUCCACCUUAUUGAAAAUCUGUAAGCAGUAAAUUUACAAGAUAGCCCUUCCUAUAAGUAAACUCAAAAAGGAGCUGAUCAAAUUAUACAUAAAUUUCGUUUUUAAAAACCAUAAAAAAAACUAUAUAAAUAUUAAAUCCUAAUCACGUGUAAAAGUUCAUAUGAGGCGAGGUUUGAGAAAGAUAAGAAUUUUGUUUAGAAAUGGUCUAAGUGAAUUUAAUUGAUAAUGACAUAUAUGAGACCUCAUCCAUACCAUAUAUGUUCUUGGAAGUAUGCUUUCGACUGAUAGGUUAUUAUAAGUUGAUAUAAGAGAGUAAGCGCAUAGGAACAUGCAAAAAUCUCAAAUCAUGAAUAAGGAAAAUACAAAAAAAUUUUAAGUGUUUAAAAACCAUUGUAUUUUAAUAAAUGAAGAACUAGAAAGAUUUUAAUAAUUUCAUAGCAAAUUAUUAUCCUAAUUUGAAAAAUAUAAUAUAUUAAAGAAAAAAUUGACGGUUUUUUACUAACUAGUUAAAAAUUUUCACUUCUUGUAAUUAAAGAACAAACAGUCAAAACUAAAGAAGGUUAGAGAACAAGAAGAAUUUAAGGUAAUAAUCAAUUAAAAUCAUUAUCGAUAGGCCAUCUAUAAUUUUACUUAAAAUAUUGGAUAUAAACAACAUUGGCAUAUUAAUUAAUUUUGUUUAGGAAUUUUUAAGAUCCAAAAUCAUUUGUUGUUUACUUCAUUGUUAGAACAAUGGAAAAAUUGA